GAGCGUCGGUGUUGUGAAAAGGAUGUGAAAUCGCCGCCAGCCCGGUUGACUGCUUCGAUUUGUGUCCCUAUGGUCGGGAUAAUAUUUAUAUUUUUUAAAUGACAGCUAUCUCUCAAACAAUAAGCAAAUGAGAUAAUUCGGAAAUGGCGGAACAUACGGCGAGCGACCUGUCGGCCAGCAAAGCGGUCGACUUUCAGGCGACGGCGGAGGCUUACUACAGUAUCGCCGUGGAGAAAGUGAAGGAUGUUGUGUCGUCACUGCCUGAUGACAUCAGACCCGGGCCGGACCUGUACGGGGUGCCAUGGGAACCGGUCAUCGUCUCCAGUCUGGUGGGGCUGGUGACAAUGCUGCUGUUCACCUGGAGAUGUUAUAGCUCUGUCAAAAGCAGAAUGUAUCAAAGUAAAGAGCGGAGGAUGGCUGAUCAAGUGGCGGAGCUGCUGGACGAGAAGUGUAAAGUCCUUGAGACUCUCAGCAAAUGUCAACAAGAGUAUGAUGACCUGGAGAGCACGCUGAGGGACAGUGGUGUCUUGGCCCAAACUCAAAAGUCAGAUCAUUUGGAGGUCAAAGCCAGACAGUUAGAACAUGCUAAAAGGGAGCUGGGUGUGGAUCUGGUACAGCUGAAGGAUCAACUGGACCAGCAGAGGGAACGUAGGCUAGAGCAGGAAAGGAGGUUAGCUUUUCUUGACGAGAGCAUGAAAACCACUGAAGAAGAAACCAGAGACCUCCAGUCACAAGAAGAGCAGGCACAAACCACUCUGAAGGUGUACAGCAUGAACAGUGACAGACUCCAGAGCAAUCUGGAAAGGGCUGGAGAGGAGAACGCCCUGUUGCAGGAGAGCAAUGCUCAGUUGAGGCAGCAGGUGGAGGGAUGGGCAGAGAGAGUGAGCGAGUUGGAGGAGGACAUGAGCAGGUGCGAGGUGGCCCACAGCGUGAUGCUGCAGGAUGUGGCCAACAAGGAUGAGCGCAUAACGUCGUUGACAGAUCGGCUGCUGAGGAUGAAAGCUUGGGACUCAGACCUGGAGGAGGAGGGCGGGGAGGAAGGAGAGAAGGAGACAUCCAACGGCAGAGCGGCGGCGAACGGAAAAGUGGACGUCACGGACGCACCAGGCCAUCUCCAGAAAGUCCAGAAACUCAUCUACGCUGCUAAGUUGAACGCAGACCUCAAAUCGGUAGACGAAGACAAGGACCGACUGUUUGCCAAGCUGAACGAUGAAGUCAAAGCAAAAGAAGACCUGCAAGUGAGCAUCAAGGAGCUGGACAAUGAGAAGUUAUCUCUGCAGUCGGACUCUGAGCAGUACCAAGACCAGGUCCAAAGGUUACAACAGAAACUCCAGAUCAUGACAGAAAUGUACCAAGAGAAUGAGCUCAAGCUGCACAGGCUGCUGACGGUGGAGGAGAAGGAGCGCACACAGAAAGAGGAGAAGUUGACUAAAGCGGACAAAAACAUUGCGUUGGCCAUGGAGGAGCUCGGCAACUACAGACAGCGAGCGGGAGAGAUGGAGGAGGAGCUGGAGAAAACCAAACAAUCUUACCAGACUCAAAUAUCGGCACACGAGAAGAAGGCUCACAAUAACUGGCUGGCAGCCCGAGGAGCAGACCGACAGCUCACAGACAUCAGGAGAGAGAACGCCCUCUUUAGACAGAAGCUCACAGACACACAGUUUAAACUAGACGCCCUCGACAAAGAUCCCUACGCCUUGGACAGCUUGGCUCGGCCACUGCCCUUCAGAGCAGAAAGGUCCCCGUACGGUCCGUCUCCUCUGGGUCGACCUGCAUCUGAAACCAGAGCUUUUCUGUCUCCUCCGACAUUAAUGGACGGCCCGCCGGCUCGACUGUCUCCUAGAGUGACUCGUGGUCCAAUGGAGCCCCCAGGUGGCCAAGGAGAGCUGGAGCGAAGCGGAGGUCCUCAUUCAGACAGCGGCUCGAUCUCUCCAACAUGGGAGAGAGAUCGCAGGGGACCCCCACCAGGACCCCAUGGCCCCCCCGGGCCCCUAGGACCUCCAGGCUAUAUGUUCCCAGAACCAGGAGGUCCGAUGUACAGGAGACCUCCUCCAGGACCUCUGGGCCCUUUGCCUCCUCUCGGCCCUCUUCAUCCCAGGGGUCUCCCCCCGGGUCCCCCUCACCCUUUAGACAUGGCAGAUGGCCCCUACAGAGAAAACAGCCACGGGCCCGGGGAACUGGAACACAGAGAGUCUGGUCCUGGGGAUCGAAGGACUCCCCCUGAAGCGGAUCUAAGGUUCGGGGGCGCACCCCCUCCCGGCCACCCGAUGGGUCCCAUGGGUGGCCCCUUUCCUCGUAGAGCCCCCUAUGGACCGCCACCUCCUGAUUUCUACCCGCCCAGGGGACCCGCGGGCCCUCCCAUGAUGCCGAUGUGGGCCCCUCCACCUCAGAGGAUGAUGCUGCCUCGUUUCCCACCCGGCGGGCCUCUUGGCCCUCGCCCUCAAUACGCUCCCCAGAUGUGCCCCCCUAUGCUCGACGGCCCCCCACACCCUUCCAUGGGUCCUCUCCCUCCUCGGCAGUCUGGUCCCUCCCCGCCGUACAGCCAGUCGUCAGAGGAGCGCACGCCCUUGCCCGAGGACGCCAUUUGAGCCUCAUCAGGUUCUUCAUCUUGAGCUGCGAGGUGAUGGUUAAAGUUGAAAUCGCCGGUAGAUGGGACGGUUGGGCAGGUGGCUGUUUCCCAUCACUCUGUUUUCUUAACGUCUACGUGUUAGCUAAUGAAGGGGUGUUACCGCCGGGGAAACCAUCAGCCUUCAUUACCCCAGUUUGUUGCCGUCUGUCUGCUUCUGCUCUUUCCCUUUCUCUCUCUCGCUCUCUCGCUCUGCCCUCUCAUCAUCCAGCUAUCUUCCCUGUGAAUUAGUUCCUGUUCCUGCGGAGUUGGUGUCAGCAGCAGCAUCACGGCAGCUUAAUCUGUGUGUGUGCGUGUGUGAGUGUGCGUGUGCGUGUGUGUGGAAUGCCAGAAAUUUUUAUUGUCACUCAAAGGUUGACAUGCUGUAUGUGACAGAGAAUCGAUGGUUUUACGCGUUGCAUCAGUGAUCAUUUCAUCCCGACGGCACAGAAAGAGAAAUGGCUUCUGCUACGGUCAUUAUCAUGAAGAAAAAAAAGUGUACAACAAAAGCGAGCCAUUUAGCAUCCACGUGGGCUUUGACCAAGCUCGGGCUCCACCUAAAUCUGAUCCCUCUCGUUUCGUCAGCGACUGAACUGACGUGAUCUUGAACUCUAAAUAUUCCUCAGAGGUCAAACUAGAAACUAGGAUUAAACUGCGUCACUGAACUUGCCUGGCUGCCCCUGUGGGAUUCAAAGGACUUCACCUCGUCAACAAAGCUGUCGUUUCAAACGGCAGCAACUCAAAAACAGUGCUUUUGAUUAAGCUCCAAGGACUUUGGUUUGUGGCCUCGGCUUGAACAAAGAACAAGAGAAGGUGGCUCAUCGUAGCCGCUUGUGACUCGUGCUGCCUGUCAGAGCGGCGAGACGCACGGACGGACUUGGAGAGCCGGGAAGACGACACCCAUGUGAAUUUUGUAAAAAAAAAAAAAUUAUUAUUAUUAACGGAUGAAUAAAGACUGUCAAAUUGACAA